ACUGGUUCCGACUAACGAGAAUAUCGAAAAUUGUCCCAGCUCUAGGGUCGCUGCUGCGCCUCGCUCUUUCCUGUCGAAACGCCGUUGAAAGGCGUAGUGUUUUUUGGUUCGCGAGAAAAUCUCCAAACAUCCAAAAUGGUCAACUUCACCGUCGACGAAAUCCGUGGCCUCAUGGACAAGAAGCGGAACAUCCGCAACAUGUCUGUGAUUGCACACGUAGACCACGGCAAGUCCACCCUGACCGAUUCCCUUGUGUCGAAGGCUGGUAUCAUUGCCGGAGCCAAGGCGGGUGAGACUCGUUUCACCGACACCCGCAAGGAUGAGCAGGAGCGCUGCAUUACCAUCAAGUCGACUGCUAUUUCCAUGUACUUCGAGGUGGAGGAAAAGGAUCUGGUGUUCAUCACUCACGCCGAUCAGCGCGAGAAGGAGUGCAAGGGUUUCCUGAUCAACCUGAUCGACUCACCCGGUCACGUUGACUUCUCUUCGGAGGUGACCGCCGCCCUUCGUGUAACCGACGGUGCCCUCGUUGUGGUUGACUGCGUCUCCGGUGUGUGUGUGCAGACCGAAACCGUGCUGCGUCAGGCCAUCGCCGAGCGUAUCAAGCCCAUCCUAUUCAUGAACAAAAUGGACCGCGCUCUGCUCGAGCUGCAACUAGAUGCCGAGGAGCUUUACCAGACCUUCCAGCGCAUCGUCGAAAACGUGAACGUUAUUAUUGCCACCUAUAACGAUGACGGUGGUCCGAUGGGUGAGGUGCGCGUGGACCCCUCUAAGGGAUCAGUCGGCUUCGGUUCUGGGCUGCACGGCUGGGCAUUUACUCUCAAGCAGUUCUCCGAGAUGUACUCCGAGAAGUUCAAGAUCGAUGUUGUCAAGCUAAUGAACAGAUUGUGGGGUGAAAACUUCUUUAACGCCAAGACCAAGAAAUGGCAGAAGCAGAAGGAAGCUGACAACAAACGCUCGUUCUGCAUGUACAUCUUGGACCCGAUCUACAAGGUGUUUGAUGCCAUCAUGAAUUACAAGAAGGAGGAGAUAGGAACCUUGCUAGAGAAAAUCGGUGUGACUCUGAAGCAUGAAGACAAGGACAAGGAUGGCAAAGCUCUGCUGAAGACUGUGAUGCGCACCUGGCUGCCAGCCGGUGAGGCUCUACUUCAGAUGAUUGCUAUCCAUCUGCCGUCACCGGUGGUUGCCCAAAAGUACCGCAUGGAGAUGCUGUACGAAGGUCCCCAUGACGAUGAGGCCGCUCUCGCCGUUAAGUCUUGCGAUCCUGAAGGUCCUUUAAUGAUGUACAUUUCUAAGAUGGUGCCGACCUCUGACAAGGGUCGCUUUUAUGCUUUCGGACGUGUGUUUGCCGGUAAGGUUGCCACCGGGCAAAAGUGCCGCAUCAUGGGCCCCAAUUACACCCCCGGCAAAAAGGAGGACUUAUAUGAGAAGGCCAUUCAGCGUACAAUUCUCAUGAUGGGUCGUUACGUCGAGGCUAUCGAGGAUGUGCCCUCUGGCAACAUUUGCGGUCUGGUCGGUGUCGAUCAGUUCUUGGUUAAGACCGGUACUAUUACCACCUUCAAGGACGCCCACAACAUGAAGGUCAUGAAGUUCUCCGUGUCCCCUGUGGUGCGAGUGGCUGUAGAGCCAAAAAAUCCCGCCGAUUUGCCUAAGCUGGUCGAGGGCUUGAAGCGUCUGGCUAAGUCCGAUCCUAUGGUGCAGUGCAUCAUCGAGGAGUCUGGCGAGCAUAUCAUUGCCGGUGCCGGUGAGCUGCAUUUGGAGAUUUGUUUGAAGGAUCUGGAGGAAGACCAUGCUUGUAUUCCACUGAAGAAGUCUGAUCCCGUCGUCUCCUAUCGUGAAACUGUGUCUGAGGAGUCAGACCAAAUGUGUCUGUCUAAGUCGCCCAACAAGCACAACCGUCUGCUGAUGAAAGCCCUUCCCAUGCCCGACGGUCUUCCCGAGGACAUUGACAACGGCGAGGUGAGUUCCAAGGAUGAGUUCAAGGCUCGUGCCCGUUAUUUGUCUGAGAAGUACGACUAUGAUGUGACUGAAGCCCGUAAGAUCUGGUGCUUCGGCCCCGACGGAACCGGACCCAACUUCAUCCUCGACUGUACCAAGUCCGUGCAGUACCUUAACGAAAUCAAGGACUCGGUUGUCGCUGGAUUCCAAUGGGCCUCAAAGGAGGGUAUUUUAGCCGACGAAAACUUGCGUGGAGUCCGCUUUAACAUCUACGAUGUGACGCUUCACGCUGAUGCCAUCCAUCGUGGUGGUGGCCAGAUCAUUCCAACCACUCGUCGUUGUCUGUACGCUGCCGCAAUCACCGCCAAGCCGCGCUUAAUGGAGCCUGUCUACCUGUGCGAGAUCCAGUGCCCCGAAGUUGCUGUGGGAGGAAUUUACGGAGUGCUCAACAGGCGACGUGGCCACGUCUUCGAGGAAAACCAGGUUGUAGGCACUCCCAUGUUCGUGGUGAAGGCAUAUCUGCCCGUCAACGAGUCAUUCGGCUUUACCGCCGAUCUGCGCUCUAACACUGGUGGACAGGCCUUCCCUCAGUGUGUCUUCGAUCAUUGGCAGGUGUUGCCCGGCGACCCGAGCGAGCCCUCAAGUAAGCCCUAUGCCAUCGUUCAGGAUACUCGUAAGCGCAAGGGUCUUAAGGAAGGACUGCCCGAUCUAUCCCAGUACUUGGACAAGUUGUAAAGCACCACCAUCCGAUCCCCUACAACAUCCAUGUGCAGCUGGCUGAGGGAAAAAACAUAGGAAAAAAUGGAGCGACCGAAUUCAACAUUUUCAUUCGGCAAGGCACUUGAAAAAUCGCCUUCGGCCGCCAACAGUGUUUUAUAAUAAAUAAAAACACUAAACAAUAAACAAAAAUUUGAUGAUUAUUAAUUGUAUAACAGUAAAAAAAAAAAACAAUAAAUCAAGUAAAUGAUUAAAUGCUUCAGUUUACAUGAAACCAAAGCGCCACUGAAACGAAA